UUCCACCCUUUCUCUCCCUCCUCCCUUCCCCUCCUCCCUCCCUCGCCUUCCUCCUCCCUCUCCCUCCUCCUUCUCCCUCCUCCCUCCUUCCCACCCUCUUUUGCAACGUUCAGGAGUCUUGGGGCCCCCUGAGCGUUCAGUCUGUCCACGACUCCAGCAGGCCCAGGGCCUUUGCUCCCCAGGAUGGUUGCCUGGGUGCGCAGGGGACAGCGAGAGGGGUCGUCAAGUGUCAGCGGAAGUGCUGCUUCCUGGAGGGGGGGGGGGGCUGGGGGAGCGUCCCCUCCUCCCCUCAACUGGAAACAGACCAGGACGCAUUCUCUGUAGUUCAAACCCAAACGCGUGGGGUGCUCCCCCAGCCUGGCCGGACUUCGGGUGGAGGGGCCGGGCCCACCCUGCGGGGGCGGCGGGGCGGCCCCGCCCGCGCUCACCUGCCCCGCGCUGGUCGCCUUCAGAGUGCGGGGUCACCGCGAAGAUGGGCCGCCAGAGCCGCAUCGUGGGCGGGAGCAGCGCCUCCCCGGGGGACUGGCCGUGGCAGGCCAGUCUGCACGUCCAGGGCGUCCACGUCUGCGGAGGCUCCAUCAUCAGCCCCGAGUGGAUCGUGACGGCCGCGCACUGUGUGGAGGAACCACUGAACAACCCACGGCACUGGACGGCCUUCGUGGGAAUUUUGAGGCAAUCUUUCAUGUUCUACGGACACGGGUACCGAGUGGGAAAAGUGAUCUCCCACCCGAACUAUGAUUCCAAGACCAAGAACAAUGACAUCGCUCUUAUGAAGUUGCAGACGCCUCUGACUUUUGAUGACAAAGUGAAGCCGGUGUGCCUGCCCAACCCAGGCUUGAUGCUCGAGCCGGAACAGCCGUGUUGGAUUUCCGGGUGGGGGGCCACCCACGAGAAAGGGAAAACCUCGGACGAGCUGAACGCCGUCAUGGUGCCCCUCAUCGAGCCCUGGCGUUGCAACAGCAAGUACGUCUACAACAACCUGGUCACGCCGGCCAUGAUCUGCGCGGGCUACCUGCAGGGGACCAUCGACUCCUGCCAGGGUGACAGUGGAGGCCCCCUGGUCACUAUGAAGAGUCACGUCUGGUGGCUGAUUGGGGACACGAGCUGGGGAUCAGGCUGUGCCAAAGCCAACAGACCAGGCGUGUAUGGAAAUGUGACCGUAUUUACGGACUGGAUUUAUCGACAAAUGAGGGCAAACGGCUAAUCCGCGUGGCCUUUGUCCUCGACACCGUUCCACAAGAAAAUGAAGGGGCUGAUUUUUAACUCCCCGUGCGUGAUGUGCUGUAUUUUUAGAAACGAUUCGAAGGUCCUUUCGUUGUUAUUAAAUAGUGUAUUUGUCUGUCUUCGGCACUCUCCAUAGUUCUGUGCAGGCCACAGGCCCACGCUCCUGGACGCCUGGUCUGCAAGGCGUGACCAGGCCCAGCGGGGUGUGGGCACCCAGGGCCACCGCAGGGCAGAGGGAUAGAGGCCGCCCGGUGGGGUCUUCCUUCUAAGCCCACUCGGGGGGCCGAUGCACCUUUUGGAUGCGCCUGGGGCUGGUGACUUCUCAGCUGCUGGUCGGCUUGGGACAGAAAGGGAAGAAAGCCAGGUGGGACUUUCAGGGUCAGCCUGCUGGGGCCACUGCUAGGGAGGGCCAGUCUCCCCGCGCCCCCCGGGGGUUUUCGCUGAUCAUUUUUUAGUGCCUUCUUAGCAGCCCUGGAUGGUGGCUGAAGAUAAAGGGACCAGCCCUUCACGGGUCAAGAUGGAAAGGCAGCAAGAACCUUCUCUCCCGCUCAACAGGGUGAGAGUGUAGACAGACCCCUCGGGGCAAGGGAAGUCCUUGCAAACGCAGACGCCACUGUAUGUGGGGCUGGGCGCCCCCGGGGAGAGCCAGCCCCACUCCCUCACCCUCUUCCCUUCAGAUUGUGGGGUGCGGCGGAGUGGGGUGCUGUGCUGACCCUCUUGGGGCCUGCUGAUUACGUGGAAAUUGAGGUCACCCCCUGGGGGCGGGGGCGGGAAUCAGGGAUGUGUGAUUAAAGAUACACUGUUUCCAUGUAAAGUUCCUAAGUGUUACUACCUCAGUGCUCCGGGAGUCUUGGCUGUGAUGUCUCUAAGUAGUUGCCACAUUGGCUCUUUGACAUUCUUGGCCUUGCCAAGUGGGCCGCGCGGGGGACUUGAGGCGCUUUCCAAAGUGUUCUGUGCCGGGGGUGUGGCUUGUGCUGGCCCAGAGAGGAGAACCUGCGGCCCCUUCCAGCCCCUCAGGCUUCCCCGGGAGGGAAGGGCUGGGGUUGAAUUGCCAAGUGUGGAGCCUAAUUGCCUCUGCGCUGAGUCCUGCUUUGGGGGGGGGGGGGGGGGGGGACUCAAGCGCACUGGUUUCCAAGAAGGAAAUGAACGAUCCCACCGCCUAGGGCUUAGCCCCGGAGGGCUAGGGCUUAACCUUGAAGCGGGAGGCGGUGGCGGCCCCACUCCCCGGAUGGAUGCUUCCGUUCCGCGUGACCCGCCACACCGCGAGGUGCCCGCUCCCCGAGCCGGAUGCAUUGUCGUGGCGAGAACGUGUUGCGUCCCUGGCUUCUUUUUAUGUGACGCCUGUUUGUCCUCUGUUUUGUACCUUUUUUAAACUGUAAAAUUCAAUUGUGAGAUACUGUACAAAUAAAUUAUACAUUUGUUUUCCAAGUA